GUUCCGUCGUCAUUGUUGAACGAUUUGGAGCAAGAAUUACUGAAGAUUCCAAAUAAAGAUAUGUGUAACGAUCGUGUCGAUGAGGUCAUCACUAGCUUUCAACCCAAAACGAUACCAAAAUAUACACUCGAAUCACUUCUGCCGGAAAUCGAGGCAGCAUUCAGCGCUGAAACGGUGGAAGAAGUGAUCGACCGACUGAGUACGAGUGAAUCGGAUUUCGCCAGGAAANAUCACUUCAGUACUUACCUUUCUAGUCCAACAUCACUGAAAGUCACUUUGAAACAACUUCAACUGGGCGCAAAAAUGAAGUUCAAUGAAGUGUUCACCAUGGAAUAUCGAUUAUCGCAGAAUAUUUUGAAAGGAUUUGAUUUUCANGAGGGUUGUAGAGCGAUAUUAAUCGAUAAAGACAAAAGGCCAAUGUGGAAACCGUCGAAGUUGGACGAGAUCUCUGCGCAAAUGGUUGACGAGUAUUUCGCACCGUUGCCCAAAUCCGACGAACUCGUCAUUCAUUGA